UACUUGUUUUCUGAUCAUUGUUGUGCCUUUUGCAGGUAAUCACAAAAGAGUCUCUCUUGGCCGCACAGAGGGAAGAUUUGCAAAGAGUAAUGGACUUAAUAUCUGUGAGAGAACACCAUGCCAGAACUCUUCUUAUUCAUUACCGCUGGGAUGUUGAGAAGUUAAUUGCCGUUUAUGUGGAAAAGGGGGAAGGUUGCAUGUUUGCUGAAGCAGGUGUAACUCUGGUUGGAGCUGUUGACCUUGAUUUACCAGAGUUGUCUUCUAGAGUUAUGUGCGAUAUAUGUAUUGACGAUGUGCCUGUUAGUGAUGUGAGCAAAAUGGACUGUGGCCAUUGCUUCUGCAACAGCUGUUGGACAGCGCAUUUCAUUGUCAAAAUAAAGGAGGGCCAGAGCAAGCGGAUUAGGUGCAUGGCCCACAAAUGCAAUGCUAUAUGCGACGAAGCUGUUGUUAGAAAACUAGUUAGUAAAAAGCACCCUGAUUUAGCAGAGAAAUUCGAUCGAUAUCUUCUUGAGUCAUACAUCGAAGACAACAAAAUGGUUAAAUGGUGCCCAAGCAUACCUCAUUGUGGGAAUGCUUUACGAGUAGAAAAUGAUGAAUUUUGUGAGGUCGAAUGUUCCUGUGGUUCACAGUUCUGUUUCAGUUGCUUAUCAGAAGCCCAUUCCCCUUGUUCAUGCUUGAUGUGGGAGAUGUGGACGAAGAAAUGCCGAGAUGAGUCAGAGACAGUACACACAAAGCCUUGUCCUAAGUGUCACAAACCUGUGGAGAAGAAUGGUGGCUGUAAUUUGGUUAAUUGUGUCUGUGGGCAAGCAUUUUGUUGGUUGUGCGGUGGAGCUACUGGCCAAGACCAUACUUGGUCAAACAUUAUUAAUCACAGCUGCGGUCACUAUAAAGAAGAUGGCGAGAAAAAAGCUGAACGUGCAAAGCGAGACCUUUAUAGAUACAUGCAUUAUCAUAAUCGCUAUAAAGCUCAUACAGACUCUUUUCAGCAAGAAUCUAAAUUGAGAGAGACCAUAAGGAAGAAGGUGUUAAAUUUGGAAGCAAAGGAUUCAAAAUUGAAAGAUUUCAGCUGGGUUACAAAUGGACUUUACAGGCUCUUCAGAUCGAGGCGAGCUCUUUCAUAUUCAUACCCCUUUGCAUUCUACAUGUUUGGCGACGACUUGUUUGAGGAUGAAAUGACAAAGGAGGACAGAGAAAUAAAGAAGAAUUUAUUCGAGGAUCAGCAGCAGCAGCUUGAGUCUAAUGUUGAAAAGCUUUCCAAAUUUAUUGAGGAGCCAUUUGAUGGGUAUCCCGACAAACAAGUUAUGCAAAUAAGGAUGCAAGUCAUUAAUCUAUCAGUGAUCACUGAUAGCCUUUGCAAAAAAAUGUAUGAUUGUAUAGAGAAUGAUUUAUUGGGUUCUCUUCAAUUUAGCAUUCACAAUAUAGCUCCAUACCUAUCAAAAGGUGUUGAAAGGGCAGUAGAGCUGACCACUGGAUGGAGCACACAAGCAGGCUGCAAUAUUAGAUGUCAAACAGCAGAUGAUCAGGCCAAUGGAAAUGGUGCUUUUCAGGUCCAGUUCUCUUCUGUGGUAAUGGAGGUCACUUUCUGCUGUAAGGCAUUUGAUAUUUCUGGUUGCGGAUUGGUCAAUGUGAUAUGAAAAGUACAAGUCAUAUUGGUGGUCAAGGAUUGUCAAAUAGAUGCCAAGAUUCCUGAUCUACUUCACUAAUUUGUAGGGAAUGAGAACAAAAAAUGGGACUCACCUAUCACAUAUGGUGUUUUGGUAGGGGUUGGAAACAAUAGAAUGAAAACGUUGGAAGCUUUGAAUGUCUCAAGGUCUCUAAAUAUUUAAAAUUAUCUCCCAUUUCAAUUCUUGAUCAACGAUAAAUGAGGCAACUUGUGAGAAAGAAGCAUUAUGGUAGUGAUCUUUAUAGAGAUACCAUCUUUACCAUUUGCUUAUUCAUGUUAACAUUUUAGCCUCUGUUUGGGAAGAAUUAAUAAACGGUUUAAUUUAUAUUUGUUUAUAAAUAAGUGGUGGAUAAGUGGAUAAUACUUGUGUGUCCAUUAGAAUGUGAUUAAAAAUGAAGUUUGACUAUUUAUAAACAAUGUGUAAAUUUUGCCAAAUGGAGGCUUACUCAUAAAGAUCAGCAGAGGGGAAGUCUUUGAAGUUGAUUAAUUGGAUCUCCAUACCGAUUCCCAAUUUUCUCAGUAUUUGCUAUUUUGCAUUCAAAAGUUAGCAUUUAAAUUCUAGCCAAAUAUGACCAAGGCCUAACUCAAGCGGUAAAAAUGAAGCUUUACCAAGCUGAAGACCUGGGUUCAAGCCACUUUUUGGUGGAGGGGCGAAAUCCAUUGAUUGAAUUUUACAUUCAAUAUGCUAGUUUUGGUUGGUGGUUUUGAUUUGUAAUACUAGGCAAUGUAGUAGUUGAGAAUCUAUCUGGCAAAGGGUUACUAAUGAUGAUGCUUUCUGGAUUUGUAGUAAUGCUCAAAAAAUUUCCGUACCCAUCUAUUGCGUGAGCUACAAUAGAAUCAGAUCAACCAUCUACCUCUGGGACGACUUCAGACGAUAGUGGAUGCUCAACAUGGAAACGAGCUAGAAAAGAAAGCGGUGAAGGUGGCCUGAUUGAUCUCAACUUGCCUGUUGAGGUUAUCGACCGAAUUGAUUAAGUAGAAUUCUUCUCAAAGAAGAGGUGUUCAAGUUGCGUCUAACAUAAAGGGCGAUUCAUUUGAUAGGAACUGAUCACUUGUCAGACUGAAAAAUCCGUAGGCUGUACAUAGCCUUCCGUUGGGACUCGAAUACUUGGUCAAUAAAAGUAUAUAUAACUUGGCCAAUGUGUAGAUGGAAUAUGUUUGUAGUUCUAAUUUACUUCAAGUUUUUGGACUAAUUGUAAGGUGUCAUAUUUGAUGUGUUGAUAUGAGGACGCAACCUUGCAUGUUUAUUGUGUACGAGACAGACAAGUGUCGUUUCUUACAAUGGCAAAAAGUGUACAAGUAAAAUUUAUGUGCUUA